AUGGUUGUCAACCGCCAGCUGGGCAAAAACGGUCCAACUGUUCCGGCCCUGGGGCUCGGUCUGAUGGGAAUGUCCUUCUGGGUCUAUGGCUCCAUUCCCAGUGACGAAGAACGAUUCAAGGUCCUCGAUCGUGCCGUCGAGCUGGGAGAGACAUUUUGGGAUACAUCCGAUCUCUACGGCGACAAUGAGGAGCUCCUGGGAAAAUGGUUCCGACGGACUGGAAAGCGUGACCAGAUCUUUCUCGCCACCAAGUUCGGCUUUGUUCAGGGAGGAAAACCCCACGAGAUCAACAGCUCUGCCGAAUACUGCAAGAAAGCUUGUGAUGCGAGCCUCAAAAGAUUGGGGGUCGAUUCAAUUGACCUUUACUAUUUGCACAGUCCCAAUCCUCAGACUCCCAUCGAGGAGACCAUGAGAGCCAUGGUAGAGCUUCAGGCAGAAGGCAAGAUCAAGCACAUUGGCGUGUCGUCCGUGUCAUCCGCAACCCUCCGGCGCGCAUGCAAGAUCGCCAAUGUCGUGGCUGUCCAAACUGAGUAUUGCGUCUUCUCACGCGAUAUCGAGGGCCCAACAGGCACAAACCUCUUGGCAACCUGUCGAGAACUGGGGGUGGCACUUGUGGCGUCCUGUCCCCUUGGACGCGGGGUCAUCACGUCCACUUUCAGCAGGGGUGAGCCAGUCGGCAAUAGUGAAGAUAAGCGACCAAAAGUCAUACCCAAGUUCUUGGAGGAGAAUCGUGAGCGCAACGUCAAGGUUGCCAGUCAGUUCACGUCACUGGCGGAGAAGAAGGGUUGUACUGUAUCGCAGCUGGCACUGGCCUGGCUGUUGAAACAAGGGAACGAUAUUUUCGCCAUUCCAGGGACGAGAAGGGUCAGAUAUCUGGAGGAGAACUGGGGUGCCCUCCAAAUUUCCCUGACGGACACGGAGGAGGCCGAGAUCAGGACUUUUGCAGAGGAGAACGAAAUGGCUGGUGGCCAGGUCCCGGACCAGUUCGUGGAGUAUCUCUAUCGCGAUACUGUCGAGGAGAGCUGA